AUGGACCUCGAAGAAUGGGAGCUCCUUCCCGACCAUGGAUUUCUCGAAGCUGGCAAAAAGGUUGUGCUGCCAGCUGCAUUAGCUAAGGCGGCAUCUUUGAGUGUGCUGGCAGCUGAUCAGAAAGACCCUGCCGUUUCACAGACGAGGUAUCCGAGUGCAGCAACAACAACGGAAGCAAAGAUUGCCGGAACAAAUGCAGCAGCAUCGGCAGAUGGGCCCGGGGCAGGAGCCUCCACCUCAGCAGCCGCAUUUUGGGCCGCCAUCAUCACGGCCAUCACCACCACUACCAAGAAAGCCUUCAUCUUCAAUGCUUCCAUUUUCUGUAUAUAA